AUGUCAGCAAUCCCACUUUAUUUAAAAAUAAAGGGACAGAACAACGCUCAAACCUAUAAUGAAUAUCCAUGUUUUGAUGUAUUAGACAAUAACUCAAUCGAAUUUAAUGAUACUACAUAUGAUUUUGAAUAUAUUUACCAGCAUAAUGAGAACAACUACAAAGACUUAAUUGAGACUUCACAUAACUCAUGUAUUGUAUUGAUGGGACCAACAAAUUCAGGUAAAACUACAAUGUUGAAACAAUUAGUCAAUUUAAAAUUGAAGAAAUUAAAUGAAUUGGAAUCACCAGUAUUUGUUUCAUCUUUUGAAAUCUCAAAUAAUAAAUAUUUAUCUGACUUAUUGGAUGUUACUGAUGGUACUGAAUCCAAAAAAAUUCCAUUCUCAUACAUCACUAAUUUCGAAAACAAAUUAAAGAGAACAAAACCAAAUCAAGAAUUAAUUAAAAAUAUUUUGAAACAAAGAUUAAGUAAAUGUACUGAGUUCAAUGAGAAUUCUUCAAGAUCUUGUUUGAUUAUGACUUUUUUUUACAACAAUACAAAAACCACAUUUGUUGAUUUAAUGGGUAAUGAGAAAAAUUCAAGUUUAAGUUCAAAUAUUUUUGCAAAUUCAAAUAUUUCAUCAAUUACUCAAACAAUGGUCAACAAAUCCAAAAGUGAUCUAAAAAGAUCUCACAAUUUGAUCACAAAUUACAUUUUCAAAAACAAAGACUUAAAGAUAGUUUUAAAUUUAGACCAGUUUGGAGAUUUAUCAUUAAUUAAAUCAAACUUAAACAAUGUAGCUGAUGUUGUCAAAAACUUCAAAUUACCUACAACUUCAAAUGAAACUGAUAAUGUUACAAGAAGAGUUCCGAGUUAUACUUUACCAACAAUGUCUUCAAGUCGUCAUAGUCCUAGAAAAAUAAUGAGACCAUUAUCAGCUCCUCACGUACCAACAAUUCAACAAUCAACUUCCACCUACCACAAAAAGCCACUUGAAGUUUCAAAUAAAAUUACAAAACCAAUAAUAACCAAAAUAAGAUCCCCCAGAAAACCACCGGUUCCAAGAAGAGGUCCAUCAAAAGAAACUUUAAUUAUACAAGCUUUAGAAGCUGAACAACAACAAUUAAAACAGAAAUAUUUUAAUUCAAUUGAAGAUAUUAAAUUAGAAAUUUCAGGAUUUAAAGGAGAAAGUACUCAAUUAGUUGAAACUUUUACGAAAUUAAAGAAUAAUUUGGUACAAUUAGAAUCCGAGAAUCUGAAAAAGACUGAAACUAUUGAUUCAAUUAAAGAAGAGAAUUUAAGGUAUGUUGAAAAAUUGGUGAAAGUCUCAGAAGAACUUCUGGCCCUUCAGGCUUUAAAGAUUGAAAAUGAAGAAGAAAUUUCAGCACUCGAAGGACAAAAGUUGAAGCUUGAAAAAGUUAUAGAAGCAGGAAAAGAUGAAGUUUCGAAAUUAGGUGAAGAAAGGCAAGAUUUAAAUAAUCAAAUCUCAAAGUUACAAAAUGAAGCAACUACUUUACAUGAUCGUAUAAGAUCUUUAAAUGAAACUAUAGUUGAUAACAAGCAAAAUUUAGCUUCUAGAAAUGCUCGCAUAGUCGAACUUGAAGAUGAAAAAGUAAUAUAUCAAAAAGAAAUUAAUGAAAUGAUCAAUCAACAAGAUAAAUUAAAGUCUGAAUUAACUUACCUUGAAGCUGAAUGUGUAAACUUAAAACAUGAUUUAGAUUCUCAAAAAGCACAAAGGGAAAAAUUUAUCACAGAAAUAGAUAUUCUCAAGGGCUCAAUUGUGGCAAAAGAUACUGAAAUUUCAAAUUUAAAGAGUUCAGGUAGUGAAACAGAAGGUAAAGUAGAACACAGUCAACAACAAAUUAAGCAAUUGAAGGAAAAAAUACAUGAGAAGAAUCAAGAAAUGACCAAAUUAAACUCAUCAAUAAAUCAAUUACAAAAUCAAUUAAACAAUGCAAAAGAUUUGGAAAAAGAUUUAAGAUCAUCUGUUUCAUCAACAAAGUCUGAAUUAAAUAAUCUUCACGAAACUCAUCAACAGAGAUUAAAAAAUGAACAAUCGAAAUUUGAUAUUCAAAAAAAUGAACUCAAUGCUAAAAUAUUAAAUUUGGAAUCAUUUAGUUCAGAGAAAGAUCGAAAGAUUAAACAAUUAGAAGACUCAUUGAAAAAGGAAUCUGAGUUGUCAAAAUCAUUACAAUCUAACAAUACAAAAUUGUCAAACGAACUCACCACAAAUGAAAAUUUGAAUCUAGAAUUAUCGACAAUAAAAUUGAAAUUAAAAUCUAAAGUUGAUAGAGUAUUACACUUGGAAGAUAAAUUUGAUAAGGUAACAAAGGAAAAGGAAACACUCAAUGAUAGAUUACAAUCCAAUGAAACUCAAAACAAAGCCAACUUAUCAAACUUGAAAAGAAAAUACGACUCAAUUAUUUCAGAAAAAGAUGCAGAAAUUAAAAGAUUAAAAGGUACACCAUCAUCAAUGGGUACAAUCAUGAAUGAUAGUUUUACAAGUAAUAAUGGGUUAUUUAUAAACAGUUCAUCACCAAAUCGUGGUUCAAAUUUCAAUCCGAAUGAUAUUUUCCAAGAUUCAGUAAUUGAACCAACUAUAAAUUUUCACAAUAAAGCUACUUAUUCAAAUAAUAGGUCAACUUCAUCAACUCCAAAAGCUAAAAAUAAAUCUUCUGCAAAAUCAAAUAAAAAUUCAAUUUCUGGCACUCCAAUUAAAAAUAAAAAUGUUCUCCAACCUUCAAAUAAACAACACUUGAGUCCAAUUACAAAAAAGAGCAAUUUAUCCUCACCGCAUAGCGCAAGUAAAAUGAAAGGCAAUAGUGUAAACAAUCAUAAAUCAUCACCUUUAAAAACACUUCAAGCCUAA